AUGGCAUUCGAAGAAAAACCGAAAAAUGUUAAAGAACUAUUUCGCACGCAUUGGAUAGUUUGGAAAUGGCUGGGCCAGGUGCCCAAUCCAAAGUAUCCGAAACUCUAUAGAGUUUAUGCGAUACUCUUGAAUAUUUGCUUCAGCAUCGGUUAUCCGCUACAUUUGCAGCUUGGCCUGCUAAACUUGUUAAAGUUGGAGGACGUAUUCCUAAAUCUGACCAUAAGUGUGCCAGUUACCGUUUGCUCGUUAAAAUAUUUAAAUAUUUGGCGAAACUUAGAUAAAAUACGUCAUUUGGAAAAAAUGUUCAAUAUACUGUAUACGCGCAUAAAUACACCUGACGAAUGGAAAUAUUAUCGAGAAGUCACCAUACCGAACGCAUUAAAAGUUUUGCACUUGUUCUAUUUCAUUUGCCUGGGAACAGCUGUAACCUCAGAGUUAACGCUUUUGGUAAUGGGUUUCACUUAUGAUUGGCGCUUAAUGUAUCCUGCCUAUUUCCCCUUCGAUCCAUUCGCAUCGACCGGCAACUAUGUGACGGCACAUAUGUUUCAAAUAUUCGGUUUGUUUUUGCAGCUUGCAGAGAAUCUUGUCAGCGACACGUAUGGCGGCAUGUGUCUGGCUCUGCUGGCUGGACAUGCCCAUCUAUUGGGGAAGCGUGUUGCACGAAUUGGUUAUGAUAAGAAUAAAACGUCAGAGGAGAAUAAUCGCGAGCUGUUAGAUUUUAUCACGGAUCAUAAUAUGUUAUUUGACUGUCAUCGCUCAAUUGGCGAAAUUAUUGGUGUCGGUAUGUUUAUUCAAAUAAUUUCAGCCAGUCUUAUUAUGGGUGUGGUCAUCAUCUACAUGGUUUUUUAUGUGAGUAACGCCUUUGAGUACAUCUACUAUGGCAUCUAUUUGUUCGGCUGUGUAAUGGAAAUAUUUCCCACCUGCUACUUUGGUACUUACUUCGAAAUCGAAUUCGACAAAUUAACCUAUAUGCUAUUUUCCUGCAACUGGAUGGAUCAGAGUCGUGUGUUUAAAAAGAAUCUGGGCAUUUGCCUAGAACAAUCGUUGAAGAAGCGUGUUUUUCGUGUCGGUGGCAUGUUUCGUAUUAGUUUGAAUAUCUUCUUCGCAACUUGCAAAGGGGCUUAUUCGCUUUUGGCAGUCGCAUUAAGCAUGAAAUAAAAUGGCG